AGCCUUUCACGCAGCCGGCGACGGCGCCAGGCUUCCCACGGCCGCCAAGACCUGGAACGGCCUCCGCACGGACGGAACGCCAUUUGAGCUACUAGUACGCUUCUUGUCCUAAGAUCAUUCAGUGCAGUGACCAUGAAAAAGUAUGGCCCCGCUUCUCAAAUUCGAUUCUUUUUUGCAGUUUCGCUUACUUUGUUUAAGAUAAUCAAACCGAUGUCAAUGUCAGACAAAGAUAAGCCAAGUCAACAUAAAAUGCGGCUUUGAAUUGGUCAUUUUAGUUAUUAAGGCAAAAUACUAUUCAAAGCUUCCUGGCCCUGUGUGAGAAAGUAAUUACCCCCACUUGUUCAAUCCUGAUUUCACUGUGGCUUAUCACAUUUUUGGGUUCAUUUUUAGUGACCCAAUCCUGAUGACCUCCAGACUUGCUCAACCAACAAAUCACUUAAAUCGAACCUGACUGACAAAAUCAAGCCGGCCAAAAGGUCUCAACAAGCUGCAAGAAAAUGCCACGGUCCAAAGAAAUCCAAAAAGACGGGAGAAAAAAAGUCAUCGAUGACAUCUUUCAGUCUGGGAAGGCUUACAAAGACAUUCCUAAAGUUGUAGGACUCCAGCGAACCACAGUGAGAGCCAUCAUCUUCAAAUGGAGAAAACAUGGAACAGUGGUGAACCUUCCACGAGUGGCCGGCCUACAAAAAUGAUGCCAAGAGCACAGCGACGACUCAUCCAGGAGGUCCAGCAUCUAAAGCACUGCAGAUCUCCCUUGCCUCAGUUAAGGUCAGUGUUCAUGACUCAACAAGAAGGAAGAGACUGGGCAAAAAUGGCAUCCUUAGCACAGUUCCAUGGCCAAAACCACUGCUGACCCCAAAGAACAUAAAAGGUUGUCUUACUUUCGCAGGAAAAAUCUAAUCAAAUCUGAAUGAUUCCCAACACUUCUGGCAGAGUAUUGUAUGAACUGACGAGGCGAAAGUUCCACUUUUUGGAAGGAGCGUGUCUUGUUACACCUAGCGUAAAUGUAACGCAGCGUUUCAGAAAAAGAACGGUGGUGGUAGUGUGUUGGUCUUGGGCUGCUUUCUACUUCAGGACCUGGACGCCUUGCUCUGAUUGAUGGAACCGUGAAAAUCCUGAAGGGGAAUUUUGGCCGUAAGUGGGUGACCUCAAGCUGAGGCGCACUUGGGUUCUGCAAGUCAACUUCUGGAUGGCUUAAAAAAACUAAAUCGAGAUUUUGGAGCGGCCUAGUCAAAGUCCAGACUUGUAUCCGAUUGAAAUGCGGUGGCGUGACCUUCAAAAGGCCGUUCUCGCUCGAAAACAAUUUUUUUUUUUUGCUGAAGUCAAAUAAUUCUGCGAGGAAGAGUUUUUUGCGGUGUCUCCACAGAGAUGUGAAAGUUCUAAUGUGGCAGUUCUAAUAAACACUCAAUUUCACUGUUGCUGCUGAGGGGGGCCAACCAGUUCUGAGGGUUAGGGGGUCAGUACUUUAGUACACAGGACCAGGUAGCGCUGAUAUUUUUUUCCCCCUUAAUAAUUAAAAUCACCUUUUAAAAACUGCAUUUUGUGUUUGUUUGAUGAUCUUAGCCAUUAAAGUGGGGAAACUAUCAAAGAAAAACAAUUGAGAUGGGGCAAAUACUUUUUUACGGCACUGUACAACGAUCAGGUUCCCCUGGAAGAAGACCACAAGUCUGAAUAAGCUGAAGACGAAGGAUGGUUAAAUGCGGCGAGGUGUUUUCCGAUGUUGUUGUUGUGUUUCCGAUGCUUUUGUGCUCUUUCCGAUGUUGCCGUUGUGGCGCUGCUGAUGUUUUUGCGGUGUUUCCGAUGGUGUUUUUGUGCUGUUUCUGAUGUCGUCGUCGUGUUUCAGAUGUCAGACGAGGCGUUCGCAGGCGUGACGGCGCUCACGUCGCUGCACGUCAACAACAACAAACUCCGCUGGCUUCCGAGGAGCUUGGAGCUGUCGCGCGUGUCCAAUCUGACCGUGGCCAACAAUCCCUGGACGUGCACCUGCCAGCUGGCACCGCUACGCAGGUGGAUGGACGCCAACAGCCGCAGGCGAACGGAGGCCAUCUGCGCGUCGCCGCCGGCGCAGAGGGGCAAGCCGGUCCGAGACAGCGCCGCCUUCGCCGCCUGCCGGGUCAAGCCCAAAAGAACCAAGAUGGCCGCACGCCACUGAACGGUUCGGGGGUGGGGGAACCCGGCCGUCACGUGACUCGACUCCAGUUAGACUUUCCGACUUGCGACUCGGUUAGGACGACGAAACUCCAAAGAGGAUUACGUUUACGUUACGACAAUUACAAAACCCCAAAGCGGAUUACGUUUGCCUUACGACGAUUACGUUUCGGAUCAAAUGGGGAAAAAAGCGCCGCUAACUUUGCGGUUUAGCUGACGGAUUUCUGCUCAAACGUGAACUCACAGGCUCCAUCUCGACAAACAAGUGUUUGCCAAAACUGUCAAAUGUUGGGCCUUUAAUUCAAAUACUUAUUGUCGUAAGUGUUAAGGACCAAAAUUUGAUUGAAUUUUUUUUAUUCAACAUUUUUUUUUUUUUUUUAGUAACUGGCCAAUUAAUCGGUAAUCAGAAUUUUACUCUGCCAAAUAUCGGAAUUGGCAUCAGCCUAAAAAAAAAAAAAAAAAAAAUCCAUAUUGCGGAUUUUUAUACAGCAGAGCGUGUUGGUGCCUAAAAUGUCAGCUAAAAGUCCCUGUAUAGCGAUGAGGGAGUUGGGAGUGAGUGAAUGAUUCCGAAUCACCGAGCCACUCCCUGAUUUUUAGAUAACAGACCUCGUUAGUGCCGAAAAUGUCCACCGAAAGUCCCUUUGUCGUGACUCGGGAGUCAAUUACUGCGAUCGCAAUCAUUCACUCGAUCGCUCGACAGAGGUUUUACGAGACAUUUUAGGAACCAUCUCGGUCCACAGGUUGAGGUGGGCGGGCCUUCCGACCAGACUCAGCAUUUUGCCAGACUGCCAUUUUUGGCAAAUCUUGUCACGUUGCUACUGAAACGCGUUUCCGUGUGGACGGACGGGGCCAAGUUCAAAGUUUCAUGUCGGUUAUGCGUUUAAUGGACAAGACGAUAAAGUCCGAGACAAGACACAGCGUGGUUGAUGGACAAUUGAUAAACUGGGUGCGUACACUUGAGAAAAGCGCACACGCCGAGUGCAACUUGGCUAACGUGCAAAAAUGUGGCGAGCGGCUGAGCAAAAUUGUCGACUUGACUGAUGACUUGCGUAACCCGGGUCACGCACUGACCGGACUGGCUUGACCUUUAGUGGAAUUGAACUCGGGACGUGCCGGAAAGUAUACGCGGACGACAUGAGACCUCCUCGUGAGUGCCGCACGUGACUUCCUCCCACCCCUGGCCGCCGCCACCGCCUACUCGCUGGCAGAUGGGUUCGUUUUUACCUUCUCCCUCCGGCCGCACGCCAAUUUUUCCGUGCGCUCCGGCCCAGCGGGCGCCCCCUCCCGUCCCCCGCUUGUUUGCUGACGCUCACUUCUUCCCACACAUCGCGAGCUUCACGUUCGCAUCAGCGUCACGUUGCUCAUUCCGCACGAAUUUGCCCUCAACGCCUCAAUAAAAGAAAACUUUUCACCACUUCGGCCCGCUCUGAUCAUUCCGCAGGUCAGCUGCAAUUACAGCUCUCGGACACAGGGGGCGACACAACAGCACAGGACUCAGUCUAAUUAGGCAAUCAGCAGACCAGCAAUAAUAAGAAAUAUUCAGUGCUAAAUAAAAAA